CCUCCGCUCCGGGCCCCGCACAUCGUCCCCCGCCCCCGCCGCGGCCACCACCGCCACCACCGCGACCGCGGGGCUAUAAAACCCGGCAGCGCCGGGCGAGGUGCGGGUGCUCAGAGGCGAGCGGCAAGACAGCAGCGCCCCGGGCUGGCGUCUGCGCUGCGGCUUUGGGGAGCAGCCCCCCUCGAACAGCCUCCGCACGCAAAAAGGACGCGCGGGAGUGACAAGCCAGAGCGGACCCCGCGACACCUGCCUCUGUCCCCCGGGACCAUGGACUCGGAUGCCAGCCUGGUGUCCAGCCGCCCGUCGUCGCCGGAGCCCGAUGACCUGUUCGUGCCGGCGCGGGGCAAGGGAGGCGGCGGCGGCGGCGGCGGCAGUUUUUCCGGGGGCACCGUGUCCUCAUCCACACCCAGCGACUGUCCCCCGGAGCUGAGCGCCGCCGAGCUGCGGGGCGCCCUGGGCGCGGCAGGCGGUCACCCUGGGGACAAGCUGGGCGUGGGCGGCUUCAAGUCCUCCUCGUCCAGCUCCUCGUCGUCCUCGUCGUCGUCGGCUACCAAGAAGGACAAGAAGCAGAUGACUGAGCCUGAGCUGCAGCAGCUGCGCCUCAAGAUCAACAGCCGCGAGCGCAAGCGGAUGCACGACCUCAACAUCGCCAUGGACGGGCUGCGCGAGGUGAUGCCCUACGCUCACGGCCCGUCGGUGCGCAAGCUCUCCAAGAUCGCCACGCUGCUGCUGGCCCGCAACUACAUCCUCAUGCUCACCAACUCGCUGGAGGAGAUGAAACGCCUGCUCAGCGACAUCUACGGCGGCCACCACGCCGCCUUCCACCCCGCGGCCUGCGGCGGCCUGGCCCACUCCACCGCGCUUCCUGCAGCGGCCGCGGCCGCCGCAGCGCACCACCCGGCGGUGCACCACCCCGUUUUGCCCGCCGCCGCCGUGCCCAGCGCCGCCCUGCCCGGCUCGGGGCUAUCAUCCGUGCGACCCCCGCACGCUCUGCUCAAGUCCCCCACGGCUGCAGCAGCGGGAGGAGCCCCGCUGGGGGCCGGGGGCGGCGGAGGCGGUGGGGGCGGCGGCUUCCAGCACUGGGGGGGCAUGCCCUGCCCCUGCAGCAUGUGUCAAGUGCCGCCGCCGCACCACCACGUCUCUGCCCUGGGUGCUGGAGGCCUGGCGCGGCUCACCUCCGACGCCAAGUGAGGCUGGGCUGGCGCUUUCUGGCUGCCUGGGAGGCUACUGGGGGCGCCCCGAGGCUGGGGGAGGACUGGACUGGACUGGACGGCGCCUGGGUGGGGAGGAAACCUGGGAGCAGACACUCAAGGAGGAGGAGGAGGAGGAGGAGGAGGAGAUGGAGCACAGGAGCAAGGGCUGGGGGUACAGACCCAGGCAGCCUGGAACUGCACACAGAGAGAGGCGUUCGCACCCUGCAGCCCUCCUGGCUUCAAACAGCACUGGCCUUCCCACUCCCCCACCCCAGUGCAUCUUUGCACACAAGGCUGGCACCCCAACCUGCCCCCUGUAACCCUCCAAGACUGUUAUCCGGGAAAGCCAGGCUGACCUCCGCAUGAACUGAGAGCUUCCUAGCUUGGAGGAGCCUGGAGUGUGCUGGGGACACCCUUGCUUCCAUCCUAUCCCUGGCCCUGGGAAACUCUUUGGGGCCCCCUUUGGGAAGGGUGGUCCCCUUUGGAGGGGGCCCCCUUUGGAGUCCCCUGGAAGCUGGUACCAGAAGCACUUGAAGGCCCCUCGAUGACUAGCAUUUCAGUGGGGUCUCUGCGGACACCUACAAACUUUCCAGAACUGUCUCCGUUCCUCUCUGUCGCUCCCCUUUGGUCUGGGGGUGGGUUUGUGGUUUCCUAAUAAAUCUGUCCAUGUCCCUUUCUGAA